AUGGCAUGUCGCCAUGAUCAGCAGCGUCAUCCGCCAUUAGGAUGCGACGUCUGGAGGGCUGACGUGAUGAAUCGCUCUGUUAUUCGUCCUGGCGCUAUUGUCCAUGCCGUCGGCAACAGUGGCGCUCAGUCGAUAUCACGGGGAAGAGUUGAAUCCAACCACAUAUUACGUCGGCCCGCGUUCACGGCAAAGAGGAACACUCAAAUCGAACUGCGACUGGGUCUAGAGAGGCGCAAGUCGGAAAACAUACAACUCAAAACAAACCGCCAUGGGCUAUUCAACUGGGAUCGCUGGGAUGGAAAACCGUGGGUUGCCGAAGAAACUGUCUAUUACACCUUCCAAGGGAGUACACACCAAGCCAACCGGAUGCGACCAAUUUUGUUGGCAACCAGGAAAAAGUUGAAUGACAACGAGCAUCCUUUUGAGCUUGUCCGGUUCUUAGUAGCAUAUUACAGCGGUCAACUCGAUGCUUGCCGCCGUUUGGAACUAUUUGCGCGGCUGCUUACAGAUCUCACUAUCACCACUUUCCUCAUGAAGACAGCUCCGCUUUGGGCACGUGAAAAUGCCAUGCAAACGCUCACACAACUGGAAAUCAACGAUUUCGUGCUUAGCCAGUAUUACAAAGCAUUGGCCAACAUUGAGCGAAACAAGGUAGCCGCCAAACACUGCCCGUUGUACUUCCAGGCCCAGGUUCAGAGGUCUCUUUGUAAGAAACCCAGGCAAAUAUCGCGAUUGGCUGCACGUUCGCGCAUGAAAAUGGAGAGACAGCAAGCCAAGACACAGCUCGACUGGGAGAGUGUUAAAUCUUUGAUGGAAAAUCCCGGUCACGGCCGCGUUAUGGAAACAACGGCCAUGCGGGAGUACUUUGAUACGUGGCCCAGCUCGUGGGUCGUGCAGGGCUUUUACUCGCAAAUGCUCACGCUACUUGCACGGGCGAAAUCACGGGCUUUUGAGCUGUCGACGUGGGGAAGGCUGCGAGUGGACGACUCGAUGUCUGAAAGGGAGAUGCAAUUCAGAAAAGUUUUCAACAUUCGCUGCUUCCCCUUGAGGGCUGGGCUUGUGGCGACUACCUUGGAUUUAUACGACCUGAGCGAGGAUCUGGCUGUCCUGCGUUAUUUCAGGGUUGAAAGGUUUCCUGAUCUUGUCAUGGCGGAGGAGAUUCAUCGCGGUAGAGAGCUCUAUGAUGCUCUUCAGGAUACAUCGUCUAUGAGUCCGAUGUCCUGGACGACGAAACGCGAUAAACCCACUAGCCUGGACAUCCCAGCAACAGCUCAAGUCGACCACCCGGAACAGCAAAUACCAAUUGCCAUGGAAACGCCGUCACGAUCAAAAGUCACUCCGGUUUUUGCUAUCCAUGUUCCCAAACAUCUGCCGUCGCCUCGAUCUAAAAAAUACGUCUCACCAACAGAGCCGAAACCGCCCUCUCAGCCAAGACAUAAGCCUCAACCCAGUCAACCCAGGUCCAGAAUUACCAGUCAUAUACGUGUUCGAAGUGAUGAACAUGGCCAUGCAUCUUUGAGGCUUUUUUGA